CAUGUCAAUCUUGUCUUUCAGCCUUCAGCAGCGCACUUUCAGAGAGCUUUCGGAGGCGUGCCGUCGCGUAGCGGCUUUCUGGCGCCUGAAACUCGUAGAAGUUCGCAUUUCAGUGUUAGUGUUUCACAACAACAUGAGAAUUAUUUUUUGGUUCUUGACAGUUUGUUGGUUGAAAAGCACCCUAGCAACCACCAUCUUCGACAAAUUACUCCCCCAAACCUUUAUUUUCUCGAGAUGCAAAAACUCCACCGAUACUCCGUUCAUGGACGAGAUAAAAAAUCGCCUAAAAAUCGUUAACGACUACUUCGACAACCUCCAAAAACCCACGUUUUGUUCCGAAGACAUCAACAAACUCAUCCCGAUUAUGAAACAAAUCACUGCAGACAUACAAAGGUGUUUCACACGCAACGAAACUUAUUUGCCGAAAUUCAUGUACGAGGGUUUCGCCGAUUUCAUGGAAUUUUUGUGUGGUAAUCGAACUAUUGAAAUUUUUUUCAGCGAUCAGGGCGAGGAUUGCAAAGAAGCCCUCAUAGAUUACGACGAUGGUGAAAAAAUUGCGAAUUGCUCUUGUCGGUAUUUUCGGAUAUUCGAUAAUGAGUUGCUUACGUACGACCUUUUGUGUUUCGAGCUUAAUUCUGUCGAGAAGUGUUUUGAUGAAGCGAUGGUUUAUGGAUGUCCACAUUUUGCGGCCUUCAGAAUGCUGAAUUCGCAGUUUUUUAGGGCAAUUGGGGCUUUGUGUAACCGGGCUGCGGGUUAUUUUAGCAGCGAAGUUUUGAUAAUAUCCGUCUUCCUAAUUCCUCGAUUUGUGGCAAUUAAUAUUAACUAACAGUUAAUGGUGAUCACACAGUGUGAUAAAGUAAAAUUCUAAAAUUUACAGCUUCGUACAAGGUAAAAAGACAACGAAGAUAGGGGUUGUGGUAGAUGUUUAAAGCUUGAAAGAGAUUCUAGUCACUACAACGAAUUAUUCAUCGAUGUUUGUACAAAUAUACAAUAAUUCCAUCCUAAAAUGUUGCGGAGUUCAGAAUUUAUAACUAAUAAAAUAAUUUUAAAUAAGUUAUAAAGAUGUGUGCCAAAUUGUUCAUGUUAAAAUAAAUUACUUUUGAAAGAUAA